AUGGUCGACAGCGAUUUUCUUUCGUGUUGGAAGGAUUCGCGUUCAGCCAUACAACCGUUUUCGUCCGAUUUUUUCCUUUUCCGCGUGUAUGCUCGGCGUGCCUUUAAGCAUUUCUUCCUCUGCUGUGCAAGAUCUGUGUUCCACCAUGGCACAGGUCGGCGGUUGCAUUGCCCUGAUCUAGGCAUACUGGCAUCGCAUGCCUUUGACAGCCAUCCAAUAGUCUGGUCGGAAGCUUCCUCGACGUCAUUAGUUGUUGCGUAUGCAUUACACUUUAGUGCCUCUUCCAGUUUCGCCUGA